AUGAGUGAUAACAUCUUACUUAGCCAUGAUAUUCUACAUUUUUUAAAUGGAAGGAAAACAUCAGGUCCAAACCUAGCGGCGGUUAAGAUUGAUAUGAGUAAAGCCUAUGAUAGAAUACACUGGGGUUUUCUAUUACGUGCUCUCAAAGCUUAUGGUUUCCCUUCUUCAUGGAUUCAAUUGAUAUACCAGUGCAUCUCAACAGUUUCAUUCAAAGUUCUUAUUAAUGGAAGAACUUCAACAGCUUUCAAGCCUAAGUGUGGAUUAAGGCAAGGAGAUCCUUUGUCUCCAUAUUUGUUUCUUUUCUGCAUGGAUAUACUUGGACGUAUGCUGACCUUAGGUCAAGAUAUUAAGUUAUUCCAAGGUAUAAAACUUGCAAGACAAGCACCAAAGAUUACGCACUUGUUUUUCGCUGAUGAUGCGAAGAUUUUUUUCCAAGCAACAGAAACAUCAUGCAUGAAUGUUGGUGGUAUUAUAGAUCGAUAUUGCCGAAUUUCAGGACAGCAGCUUAAUCUAGCAAAAUCAUUUGUCAAGUUUAGUCCUAAUACCUCUCUAUCACAGCAACAAAAUUUCAAGACAAUUUUAAGAAUGCCAAAAGUGACCCAGUUUGGACAACAUUUGGGUGUACCUGUUGACUGCAUGGUUUCAAAACGAUUGCAUUUCAAUUACUUGAUAGAUAAGGUUGUUGAUUUAAUCAACUCAUGGAAUGGGGUGUUGUUGUCUCAACCACAAAAAUUAGUUCUGAUCAAUUCUGUUAUUGUAGCAAUGGUGUCUCAUGUUAUGAUGAGUUUGGAAAUUCCGAUUUCAAUUUCAAAUAGAAUCGAUUCUAUGAUUUCCACCUUUUUCUGGUCCAAACAAGGAAAAAAAGGAAUGCAUUGGGUUCGUAGGGAUAUCUUACAUCUACCACGUGGAAUGGGAGGGAAUUUCGCUUUAACUACGGGUAAGCCAAAUCUGCUUCAUGGUCGUGCUUCGUGGGGAAUGCGUGGUCUUCGUAGAGCUGCGAAUGUUUUACUUCAAGGUUGUUCUUGGAAGGUGGGAAAUGGGGAUACUAUUAAAGCUGGAAGAGAUAAGUGGGUUAAUGGUAGGAUUCCUAUUUUUUCAUCUCAUAUUCGCCUUACAGAUGCUAAAUCUUGGAAGGUUAGUCAUUUUAUUAAGCCAAAUCAUCUUCACUGGGAUGCGGGACUUGUUAGAAACACUUUUGAUCACAUGGAUGCUAAGGAAAUCAUGUCUCUAGAGUUACCAACAGGAACAGUAAUGGAUCAGUUAUAUUGGACAAAAUAUAAAACUGGACACUUUACAAUGAAAUGUGGUUAUGCCUUCUUACGAGAAGCUGAAAUUAAACAAGAUUUUCACACUGGUCUAGGUCAAAACAGGUUUGUUCCUUUUUUCAAGUUACUUUGGGCUUUAAAAAUCCUACCAAAGUGGAAAUUGUUUAUUUGGAAAAUUAUGGUAGAUGGUCUUCCAGUUAAAAAAGGCUUGGGACGAAGAGGUAUAAGGUUGAAUACAUCUUGUGACUUAUGCAUUGAUGUCUGUGAGGAUGCGCAACAUAUUUUUCGCCUUUGUAACUUGGCUCAGGAUGUGUGGAGGAGUAGUAUGCUAGUCAUAUUCUCAAAUUUCAACGAGAAUCUUUCAAUCCAGGAUUGGAUUCUCAACUAUAUCCAUCUUUUUAAUAGCGUGGAUGGAAAGGGUAGUGAUCGAGUAGUUACCUUCAUAGCGAUUUUGUGGGGAUUAUGGAUUACUCGAAAUGCUAGAGUUUUUCGAUCAGAGAAUGGAGAUAUUCAGGCAUGUCAUAUGCAUGUUAAGUUAGCUAGGGAGCAACAUCUGGCUUUUGCAGGGAAAUCUAAUGUAGACUUGGGUUUUCUUCAUCCACCAGAACUGUCGCCAGUGUACCCACCAGGUUUUGAUUUUGCAAAUAUAGGUUUGGGAAUUCCAACUAGGUAUGAUUCGGUGAUAUAUGUUGAUGGAUCAUGGAACAAAAUUCCGCUGAGAGCGGGAAUGGGUUGGAUUUUUCAACAGUUAGGGAAUGCAGAAUCAAGAACCAUUGGGGGAUGUGACUAUGGUUUAGGGCAAUCAGCAUUACAUGUGGAAGCAAUGGCUUGCUUGCGUGCACUUCAGUGGGAAAAAGAUUGUUCCCUGCCUCAUAUAGUAUUGUAUACUGACUCAGCUACCUUGGUCUCGUAUUUGGAGAGGCAUAUCAUUCCAGAGAUCAGUGUCAGGUGGACUAUUCAAGCCAUUUUUGAAAUAGGUAUGAAUUUUUUGAGUUGCGUGAUCAACAAGGUCCAUCGAGAUCAAGUUCAUUUGGCACAUUUUCUGGCAACAAGAGCAGCGAAAGAUGGACUUCAGUUCGUUACGCCAGUUGAUGUUAGAUCUAUGAUUAAUUAG